AUGCGACGACGACGACGAACGGUGCUGUGGUGGCGCUCCGGUUGCCUGAUAAGCCGUGGAGCUCCACAGCACGGUCAGCCAACGAUUGUGGUGCUGGAUGACGGGAUCGCGGGUUAUCGCCACUGUGACGGAGCAAUGUCGUACGAGGAGGACCUGUCACGUAUCGACGAGAACUACAUGCCGCCCGAGGAGGACCUGCGCCACUCAUUGCCACCUAUCUACGAGAACUACGCGUCACGUUUGUCGGGGACUCCUGGAAAAAGCGACUUCCGAGGCGGCGAUCAUGCUUUCCUGAAGCCUCCGAGGCUGUCUUCGAGCAUGAAGGCGUUCAGGCAAUUAGCUGAGGAAAGACGUGCGUUAAAAAGCGACCCGAAUAUUGAGGAAACGCUGGUCGAGGAUACCACAACAUUCGAUAGUCCAAAAGAAGUGGACCUGCAUAUAACAGAUUUUGUGAAACGUGAAUCCAAAGAAUGCGCCGCAUCAGUGCGUACAGGAACUAAUGAUGAAAACGAUUUAUACGUGAGCUUCAGUUAUUUUCCUUAG